UACUCAAUAUAAUAAUACUAUUAUAUUGUCUAAAUCGAGAUCGUUAGGAAUAUUUAACCCCCACCGUCUCAUUAUGCUGUCGUUUUUUGUUUUACUCAGUAUGUCGUUUAUUAGAUAUAUUGUCGUUUCCAAGUGAUUGUCUUGUCUAAUAUCCCACGAUUUGUUUUCCUUUGUUCUUGUCAGAAAGAAAAGCGAUGAAUCCGGAGCCGGAGGCCGAGGUGGAGGUGGAGCCGGAGCCGGGACCGGGGACGGAGGUAGAGAUUAGGAGAACAAGCAGCAGCAACUCUCGGACUCCGGAGGAAUCGAGUCCUUGCCCAAUCUGCCUCGGACCCAUUCUUCAAGAAUCAUUCCUUGAUAAAUGUUUCCAUAAGUUCUGUUACAAGUGCAUUAUGCAAUGGACUAAAGUGGUUUCUGGCAAGCACUCUUACAAGCUAGCUUCUGUAAAGUGUCCUCUCUGCAAGGUGGAAAAUUUUUCUAUAAUACAUGGAUUUGUUGGAAGUUCUUUUCAACAGUAUUACAUUAAUCAGAAUUUUGAAUAUGGCUUUGUCUUAUCAAAAGCUCACAAGUACAGAUUACAGUGCUAUUACACCGAACCAGGGCUUUUGAGUGACAUUUUUAGUGUGUCACGCUAUUGGAAAUCACGCAAGUAUCUUCAGUCAAACCAAUGGCUCCACAGUUGGUUGAGAAGGGAAAUUCAAAUCCUUAUGCAGGAGGAAGAUGUUGACAUCGUUGUACACCACAUACAUGGCGUGAUCGAUUCAUUUCAGACGAAGAGUAAGCAACAACCGCAAGGAAACACGCCAGAAGCCAAAAGUGAAGAGUUCCGAUCAUUGAUAUCUGAUGCAGCUAGGCCUUUCUUAGCAGCAAGAACCGAUCGCUUUGUUAGUGAAGUGGAAUUGUUUCUUGCUUCAGGUUUGAACAUUGAAGCCUACGAUGCUGUUUGCAAGCAGCGGUUAGGUUGGAGUGCACCGGGGGAAACUAGUGAGAGUACUCAAGGAGAAGUUGAACUGAGAACUGUAAUUCCGUAUUUGUAUACCUUUGAUGAGGACUCUGAUGGAACUGAUUGAAAGUUUCAUCUGCUUAUGUAGCAAUUCAAGUUUUUUUUUUUUUUUUCAAUAUGAUAUAGUUGAUAUUUGUUGUCCCAGAUUAUUACAAUGUAAUAAUGUCUUUGUUUAUUGUCAUCUUGUUCUCAAUUUCAUA